UUCAAGUUUUCUCGAGAAAAGAAAAUGCCAUGAAAACAAAAGCCUUUGAAGGUGAAUCGUGAAAAAGGGAGCAUCAGAAAAUGUAUGACGAAUAGGGUUAUCGAGGCAGUAUACUGUCGCGAAGCACUUUCACUUAGUCCGCGAACAUACAUUUUACUCCCAAUUACACGCUUUUUUACUUACUGAUAAAAACUGAUGAUUUUCUUACUAUAAAAAGUUUUUUGAUUAAGAAAAGGCAGGAAAGAUGAGCUCAGCGAAGGAUUGCACGGAGCCGACGGACAUACUUGUCUGCGGAGGCUGUCGGCAGGUUUUUACUGACAUCUGCGAUUUGGCACAGCACAAAAAAGUUUGCCCUGGACAGGGCGGCGGAGGAAGCGGGACAGUGUCGCGAGGCGGCAUUCCAGCUAAAGGCGGCGCUCGAGGCGACCAGCAGCGGGUUGGCACGGGUUCGAGCACUAGCGGAAAUGCUAACGCUUCCGGUCGGACUUCCUGUUUGAACUCUGCCGCGGAACAGGCUUCGCCGCCCAAAACCGGAAAUCAACGACAGUCUGUUGCCACUGGUGGCGCCGCGAGUCGAGGCGCCUCUGCCAAAGCCAGCUGUACCGGCGCCACUCCCAAGCAAAGUGCCCUGAAAGCUGAUAGUGGCAAGGUCAACGAAGAUGUUGACCCCUGCAAUGGCUUGAAGGCUGAUGCAAACGGUGGGGAAUGCGAUGCUGAAGGAAUGGAAGGUGAGGAAGACAAGGUUCCAGAGAUUUUGGCUGUUGGGGCAAUUAUUCCUCGGGAUCAGCAAUGGUAUUCGCCAAUUGGGCUCGAACCCGGAAACAGGAUCCUAAUUUGCGGUCGCUUUCGACGCGACAAUGUUGUGCCAAUCGUGGAUCUUUGGCACAACAUUGACGAGCAAAGAGUGUUUUUCUACAGCGUUUGUUUCGACGAUUGUCGAGCCGUAAUUGGCAGCAAGUUGGACGGAAAAUGGGUCGGCAAACAAGCUGUUCCUGGUGAUUUCCCCUACGAAAUGUCGACGGAUUUCACGCUGGAAAUCCUGUGCAAGGACGACAGCUUUACUAUCAAUUGGAGAGGUGUCAGAGGUGACGGAACUGUCGACUUUCCGUAUUCCUACGAGAUAGAAAAGGUCAACAUGCUGCGGAUGCAGGAGUUCGAUAUGAUUUACAAGAUCGAGAAGGACUGGUUUUGAAUCCGAAUAAAAAAAUUGCACAUUUUUCUACUGAAA